GGCCACCUCCUUCCCAGACCGCUGUCGGAUCCGGACGGGCAGUUCUGCUCCCAGAUGCUUUCAGCGCUGCUGGCUGCCUGCUUCGGCUGCUGACGGGGCUGCCGUCUUCUAUAAAGAAAAGAAAGGGACCUCAAACCUUCCAGAUCACCUUUCUUCUCCUAGGAAGCUAUUGAGCACAGGCAUAAAGAUGGCUGCAGAACCAGUAGAAGACGAUUGCAUCAGCUUUGUGGAAAUGAAAUUUAUUAACAAUACACUUUAUUUUGUAGCUGAAAAUGAUGAAGACCUGGAAUCAGAUUACUUUGGCAAGCUUGAACCUAAGCUCUCAAUCAUACGAAAUUUGAACGACCAAGUUCUCUUCAUUAACCAGGGAAAUCAACCUGUCUUUGAGGAUAUGCCUGAUUCUGACUGUUCAGAUAAUGCACCCCAGACCAUAUUUAUCAUAUAUAUGUACAAAGACAGCCUCACUAGAGGUCUGGCCGUAACCAUCUCUGUGCAGUGUAAGAAAAUGUCUACUCUCUCCUGUGAGAACAAAAUUCUUUCCUUUAAGGAAAUGAAUCCUCCUGAUAACAUUGAUAAUGAAGGAAAUGACAUCAUAUUCUUUCAGAGAAGUGUUCCAGGACAUGAUGACAAGAUACAGUUUGAGUCUUCAUUGUACAGAGGAUACUUUCUAGCUUGUGAAAAAGAGAAUGACCUUUUCAAACUCAUUUUGAAAAAACAAGAUGAUAAUGGAGAUAAAUCUGUAAUGUUCACUGUUCAAAACCAGAACUAGAUAUUAAAAUGGCAUAGUUUGAACUGUCUGAGUUUUUAUCCUUCAAAAAGAUUAUAAGUUUGAACCUGUAAUGAUAAUGAUAAAAUGAAUAAUGCUCUCAAAGAUGUCACUGAAAAAUUAGUAAUAAGCUUUUGAAAAAUUAAAUUGACUUCCUCUUGUCUAGGUGAAUAAAAUAUCUGUAUAGUGUAAAAAGAAUGCAUAGUUUGAAAACACAUUGUACAGUGUUAAUUGGAAAAUAUAUUAUAUUCAAUAGAAAUGUUUUGAAACUUUGGGGUUAUUGGUCCUAAUGAUGAAUAAAACUGAUACUUGAA